GGCUGGGCGCUGGGGGCGGCCGGGAGCGGGAGGGCCGCCACUCCGGGGGCCAGUCCCGAGCGGGGAUAGACGCGUGCUACGGGCGGGCGCCGGGGGCGGGGCCCGGAGCGGGGCGGCGAUGAAUGGAGCGGGCUCCCCAGCCCGGCCUGCGGCGCGAUGAUCGCGGUGUCUAUCCCCGCGGUGGGGCCGGGGGCCGAGGCCGAGCCGAGCCCGGAGAAGACGCACACGGUGUUUACGGUGGAGGUGCUGUGCAAUGGCCGGAAACAUACCAUUGAGAAGCGCUACAGCGAGUUCCAUGCCCUGCAUAAAAGGAUAAAGAAGAUGUGCAAGGUCCCAGAUUUCCCCCCCAAGCGAGUCCCCAACUGGAUGUCAAAGGUGCAGGAGCAGCGGCGGCAGGGCCUGGAGGUUUACAUUCAGGGCGUCCUGUACUACAACAAGGAGCUGCCUAAGGAUCUGCUGGACUUCCUGAAGCUCAGGCACUUUCAGCAGGAUGCCAAGGCCAGCAGCCUGGACCACGGCUUCCUGCUCUCCCACCGGCCGGUUAUGAUCUUCCACAGAGACCCAUAUGUGCUUCCCUCCUCUACAGAGCUGCUGCCAGACAUAGUUCUGAGUGGUGUGUUGCGAGGCUUCUACAGACCAGCAAGCUCCUGCUGGGGGAAGGCAGUCCCAAAGUGCUUGGCAGAGUCCCAAGUGCUUAGCCAGCAGGGCUCAUGAGGAUCUCCACCACAGAGCCAUUGCUCAGGCUUCACCAGCCCCACUACUGGAGUGGGAGCACCGCUCGGUUGUCCUAUCUAGGAAUUGCUGACGUAUCUCAGUGGCUGUGCCUUCCUUUCCCCUGGGACUUGUUCCUGCCUUCCCACACAUGGGGUGGACAAAAGGGGGAGAUGCUGCUGAGCCUGGGGGCUGGUGCCUAACACACAUGGAGAUUGUGCUGGAAGCUCCUGAGGGACUGUUCUCAGUGAGCACUUGUAACGAAUGGGGUAGCUGUCAGGCCAGACCCUAACUGCUCCAGCAGUGCUGUCUCUGGCCAUAGCAAGUGGAAGUGCUGCCACCUGCACUAUGGCUGGGGUGGCCAGGCUCCUGCCCCUGCCAGGCUAGAUAGAGCCUGGGGAGGGGGGUGAGAUGGUGUCCCCGACCCAUGCAGAGCCCCAGGAUUGGCCUCCUGCAGGCUAAAGGGAACUGUGCAGAUGUAUAUAGGCAAUAAAUCACUCAGGUCUGGUUUGAAGAUAGCGGCUGCACUGUGUUUAUCUGGGACUAGAACCUAGGGCCCAUAAACUGUGUGUGUAACAUGCCCUGUUUGGCCUCUCAGCCAAGGGGCGAAAGAAGACAAAAACUUAAUUGCAACUACAGGAUGUUCUCAUGGAUAAGGUACUGGGCAGAGCCCCACCACUGGGUGCGUUGCCUGUACCACACUGUAACCAAGUGGCAGGGGAUGAUGUAUUCACUAGGGGAGAAUGAGUGGGUCCUAGGGGCUGUGCUAGCAGUAGCAGGAAGUGCAACCCCUGCCAGGGGAACCACCCUGCAAUAGAGAGGGAGGUGCAGACACCACCCCUGCCUUCCCUGAGGUCCAAAGCAGGUCAGGUGCCCCCAAGCUCCCUGUUCAAAUGCCUUAGCCACAGUAGUGGGACAUAAAAGAAGCAAAAGGCUGGUUGCUGCCCUG